CCGCCUCACUUCUCGACGCAGCACUGCAAAUGCCCUCCUCGUGAAAAGCUACAGCUGGCUUUCUCGCCCAUCCGACGCCUGACAUUGAUACAUGCGAAUUGCUUGCAUCCUCUUCCGGCUACCCCACAUGCCGUCGUACUGCCCUCGCCCCUGAACAUCACAACUUCUCACGACCAACGACUGUCGACUGUUCAUCCAUCGACGCACUCCAGCGACGGGGCUAAUUACUGAGGGUUCUGCGCUGGUUUUCCUGCUACUAUUCGUAGGCGCCGAACCAGGCACAUCAGAAUGUCCCUGAAUGGUCUGGACGACCCCAAGGUCAGGGAGGCCCAUGAAGCGGCUGCUGCUGAACCAGGAGGAUGGUUCCUUCUCAAGUAUGCCAGCCGCGAUGAAGUCGAUCUGCUGGCCCGUGGCAACGGCGGCAUCGUCGAGAUGCGAAACAACAUCGCCCAGUACGAGGAGAAAUCCCCCUUGUUCGGUUUUCUCAGGUACCGCCGCCGCAACGUCAUCAUCAAAUACCUUCCCGAGGACUGUUCGCGGCUGAUCCAGGCCCGCGUAACCGUCCAUUUCAACGCCGUAUGCGAAAAGUUCACGCCGUAUAACACCCUUUUCUCCAUUUCGACGGCCAAGGAGCUCAAAGAUACGAAACUGUCGGCGGCCUGUUCUCUACAUGCCGCCUCUGGUUCAACGUCGUCUUCGACGAGCUCCCUCCGCGGGAGGAGGCUGAUGGAAAUUGCCGAAGAAGAAGAGGAGGAGCAGCGAUCCAACAAGAGGAAAUCAGCGGUACCCGAAGAUGACAUGGAACACGAGGAUGAUGCACCUGCCGUACCGUCAGAUACACCACCACAGUCCCCCGAGCCUCCAGUAACCCUGAACUCGGAACUGGCUGCGUCCCCCGAGGAACGGAGGUUCUCGCCCUCUUCCGACCCGCCUGAUUUCGUCGGGGCUGCACGGCCAAUUUCGCCCACCCAAUCCAUAGAUAACGGCAGGCCCAUGUCGUCUCAAACUGCCCGUCCCGAGCUCUAUGGUUAUUCCAACUACACCUACGGUAAACCGAAAGUGAAGCUGGCCCCGCGACCUUCGAUCGACGUGAGUGGCCGACCGAAAACCGCUGGGAACUUCAGACCCGUCUCGCAGAUGCCGGCCGGUUUCAAGCUGUACUCCAAGGGUUCCAAGAGACAGAAAUCGCGUGACGAGGACGUUCUGGAAGCUCCACAGGACGACCUUAGUUCGCAUGUUGCAUUUGGUCCUUCCUCCAAUGGUCCCUCCGACUCCCACUCCAUUUCCCUCGGCGAAGACCUGACAAAACUGCACACCGAUUCCAUCCGCCCUGCAACCAGCUCCGGCGCUUCCGCCAAGUCUCCCACGAUGUCCAGUUUCCCCGGCUCUGCCAGACCGACGAUGACGCCUGAGAAGGCGAGACUGAUGAAGGCCAUGCAGUUGCGGGAGAAGAAAAAAAUGAUGAUGAGCACGCAGCCUGUAGAGACUACCGGUUCACCCGAUGCUCCGCCGGGAAAUACUGAGGACGGCAACUUCGACGGCGCCGGCAACGACGAUGCACGGCCAGCAGAGCAAUUUGGCACCACCGUCGACAAUGGACUCGAACCGCUUUCGGAAGAAGAUGAGCGACGCCUGUCCAUGGCUAAGCUGGACUCUGGCGUCGUAGCGGACGUGUUCUCGACAUCGCUUCCCACCGAUCCAUCCGAAUCCACGCGCAGCGAUUCGGGCCCCGCAUCCCCGCUCAUUCUAUCCUCGGAGCCGGACCAGUCGACUAAGGCAUCGUCGCUAUCCGAAUCGACAGACGAGACGGUCCAAGAAACCCAACCGAGAAAGGAACUCGACGGAAUCGAGGACGCAAAUCCGAAUACUGGGGAAGACCAGACGACUCCGGCCCUGUCAGAUACCGCAGUGGUGAUCAUGAACGAAGACGAAUCCCCCAAUGCACAGCAGACUGAGGAGAAACAAGGGGCGACCGAUGACCGGGACUCGGAGGAGAAGGCCGGUGCUUCUGAGCCAGUCCAAGACGAGCCCUCCAAGGAAGUUGAGGCGCCACAACAAGGAUCUGACAACGGCACGACUGAAAUAUCGUUGACCCAUCUCACUCCUGAGCUCCCCAGCGAUGCAGCCGUGACACCAGCCGUGGCCCUGUCAGGCAGCUCAGCCGAUGAAGAGAACAAGACCGAAGAAGCUGUUUCGAACCAAGUUGAUAGCACGCCAGACUCGCCACAGCGGGCAUCCAAGUUUGCGAUUCCCAAAUCCAAGUUCUCGACGCACGAUUCCAACAACUCGACAGCGCCAACUUUCGAUCUGCGUAUGACGGCACCCAACGCGGUGGAAGACGACGCGCCGGGAGCAGCAUCCAGCCUUGUCAUCGACGCUGACACGGGCGAAGAAGCAGUUCUCUCAAAGCCCUCGAAGCACAAAGUCGCGGUGGAGCCAAUCCGUACCGACCUUGCUGCGACAAACAGACGGCCGAUUUCACGCCUCUCCGAUGAUGAGGACCUUAUGAACGAGCUUCAAUCGGCGCCCGUGGAGCAAGCGCAACCCCUACUUGUCUCAAAGUCGCCUGUCACGCCGGUCUUUCCCACCAGACAAGCUGUGGAGGGUGUUGGUGGCAUGCAGAGUGGCAAGGAGGCCGCCCCUCGAACCGUUGUCCGGACCAUCUCGAAUCCCGUUCGGGGCAGUUUUCUCGCGCCAACGGAUGUAUCCCAGAGCUCUGCGCGGUCGGUGUCUUCAGGUGCCGCAUACCUACACAAGAUCACGCAGCAGCAGACAUCCAGCCACCAAAAGAAUCUCGCCAAGAGCGGCAAGCUUGGCUCCAACAUCUCGCAACGAAUCAAGGCCCUGGAGAAGCUCUCCAGCUCCUCUGACAAGGAUGCGUCACCACGAGGCGGCGUGCCGUCGUCGACAUUUUUCGCCGUGCGUAAAACGAGUACGCGAGACCCAUCACGCUCGCCUUCGCUGGUGGACCGCGCCAGUUCGUUGACCCGCGGAAGCCCCACGCGCUCGGUCAUUUCCGAGUCACGGGAUGGUUCUCCGGAACUCAGGGUCCCGCGGGAGAGGUCCGGAUCGGUUGCCAGCCGGCUGUCAAUGUUUGAAGUGCCGUUGGUGCCACCCGCUCAUACGAUGCCACGAGGCCAGCCGGAAUCCGUCUCGGUGACGGCCCGGAUUAUUCGAGACAGCAGCCAAGUCGGAAAGGCGGCUCCGCCGCCCAAGGACCCGUCGGAGUUUAGCCGUCUGGACUUGAAGGUGUCCCCCCUUGAGGUGAACCAUCAGAAGGCUACGCCGCCAGGGCUAGCUCCUGCCUUUGACGCAGUCGAGGCGUCGCCGUCCAGGGAAACGAUCCGCGAGAGGAGGAUGUCCAAGGAGAAGCGCCGGUCGCAGUCGAUGGAUCCCGCCGGUGGCGACAGCGACGUCAAGUCGCGGCGUUCAUCGCUGAGUGUCGUCCGGGGUUUUAUCAAAGACCGGCGCAAGAGCCUGACUUCGGCCUCGACAGACGUCUUGGCGGCGCCGGGCCUUGCAAGCCCGGCCCAAUCGCCCUCGCGCCCUUCUUCGACGAACCACAGCAACAGCAGCUUCCCUCGGCGACUUUCCAUCAGCAGCCGGCGAUCCUCGGUCAGCCGGGACGGCGGGACUCCCGCCAUGUCGCCGUCGAUGUUUACGGAAGGGAGCGCUUCGGGCGACGACAGCAAGUCCACGAACAGCGACAAGAAGAAGGGUAGGGCUGGACGGUUCAUGCGUCGGCUUUCUUCCUCGUUUGCGUCGAGCCGGAAUAAGAAUCUCGCUCCGACGACCAUCUCGCCGACGGUGCAUGAGGAGGACCUCCCCGAGGUGGCGGCGACGAAUCCGCGAUCAAACCAGCAGCAGCAGCAAGCCCAGCCUCAGCAGCCGUCGGUCGUGUCGUACAUGGGUGACGUGAACGUGCAGUUCCCCGAUAACCUGCUGUGGAAGCGGCGCGCUAUGUGUCUGGACUCGCAAGGGUUCUUGAUCCUGAGCGCGUCGACGGCGACGGCUCCUUCCCGGGACAAGUUGGCGGGAGCCGGGGUGAAGCGGUAUCAUCUCAGCGAGUUCCGUAAUCCGUACACGCCGGACGUGGAGGUGCAGGAGCUGCCGAACAGUGUUGUGCUCGAUUUCCUGGAGGGCUCUGGAUUGCAGAUUGCCUGUGAGGACCGGGCGGGCCAGAUGAACGUCUUGCAUAUUCUCCAAGAGGCGCAUCAGAACCACACAUCGUUUGGUCAGUGAUCCGGAUACCGAUUCUUGAGCCCGACUCCGAGGGUAUUCGCACGGGUCGACGCAAUCACCGCCCUCCGACCAUCCUAUUCUAAAGGCCCUUCUUGUCUCUCGUUUCCUCUCUAACCCAUCCCCAAACC